AAUAAUACACAUUGAAUCAUUACCUUCGCCUUUUAUGCAGCUUCAUUUCAAUUUUCAUCCAUGUUUAUCAAACAAAAUUUGAUUUACACAUGGAAGACCUAACAUAGUAAUUCAAUCCUCUUUCAAGAAAUAUGACCACUCAGUUUGGAAAACAUAUAUAGCAAUGCAAUCAUUUUCUAUCAUACCUUUGGUUUCUGAGAUUGAAAGUUAAGGCCCAUUUGCCUUGUUGAAGCACUGAUUUAACAUGUGCAUGUGCCAGCCUAAGCCUAACAAGUAACAAUAGGGACAUUGAAGACCCUGGUUCAAAUUUGAGGCUCAUAGGCGAGAUGGUCCUUCCCUAGCCCCAAUACAGGGUCAAAGGUCUAAAAACUGAACAGAUGGAGGGGAAGAAAAGGAAACAGUAGCAGUAGUUUCUUUUGUUUAAAAAGGCAUGUAAAAAAGAAAAAAAAAAGGAGAGACGGGUCCUACUUUGUUGUGAGUUAUGGCAUAUAUCUCCAAAUCCAAAUCGCCUACGAACAACCUUGACAAAAAUGAAUCUCUUUUUUACCUUUUUCUUUUGUGGCAUUGAGGGCAACGACCAUUUCAUCUUUUAAAACUUCCAACCCGCUAGCAUCAAAAUCUUGUUAUCGUCGCUCUCUUUCACCCUCCUCUACCUUUUGGUUCUUUAUGUCUUUGUUUGUAAGAGACAAGAAGAGAGAGAGAGAGAGAGAUGGAGGAAGGAAACUAUGUGCCGGCAGACUCUAUGCAAUACUAUAAAGCUCGGAUGAUGUCUCCGGAAAUCGUAGAGAUCGGAGAAGAGAGUAAGAGCUUUCCAGGAAGCAAAGAUGGAAGUGGCUGCGAUGUUUAUGUAGCUGUUGGCAAAGAUGACUUGGGUGUUUUGAAAUGGGCGCUUGACCAUGCUGCUUCACCUGGAUCUCGGGUUUUUCUUGUUCAUGUUUUUGCUCCCAUAACUUUUGUGACAGUGGAUACGGUGCUGAUUGAGAGCAAUUCCCUAUUCAAAGCAAUUCUCGAACUCAUUCCUGUUCUCAACAUUACCUGCCUUGUCAUGGGAACUAAACAUCCACCUAGCUCAAGCUUAUGGAAUGAGAUGUUGAUGAUGUUCUUCAGGCAGAGAAGGUGGAAACAUGGGAUAGCAGAAUUGAUCAAAAAGAAUGCUCCGGACUAUUGUGCGGUUACCAUUGUUCAUGAUGGCAAGAAGAUUGAAGAUUGUCAACAGGAACCAGAGCUGGUCCAUCCAUCCCAAGAAUCCAGUCCCCAGAGAACAGGACUCAACUCUGAAAGGAAUUUCUUCCAGUGUGUAUGCUUUACAGGCAAGUCAAAUUGAUCCUCUUUGUGUUCCUCUGUGCAUCAAUGUGAUGAUCUAGAAGGAAAUCAUAGUCUCUCAUAUUUACUAUUUUAUAAACUCGAGAGAUAGAGUACUGCUUGAUGGAUAUACUCUUGAUGCUGAUUCUAAAUUGGAAUACCUAUACUGAUAAGAGAUUAUAUAUAUAUAUAUAUGUACUAACGUUGCCUAUGGUCUGUAAGAAAUCAAGAAUUAUACAAUGAAAGUGCUCUAAUUGUCGUUGCAAAACUGGAGAUGUUAAAAUCAAGAAAUUCCAACAGUUUCAACAUUUUAGGAUGUGAUAACCAUGGUUGCUAAAGGGACCAUGUGCAGGGCUUUGGGAUUUAUAAAAGGGAAGCAGUUUGAAUCAUAUUUUUUUUUUAUCAUUGGCUUUUGAGGAAAGAAAUAAGAGCUUGCAUUUUUGGAUAAAAUAAGAACUAGGCUGGUCCUAUUGUCAUACCAGAAUUAGAGGUCCCUGCCCUGCCUGCCUGCCUGCCUUGAGAUUUUUCCUGUGUUGAAACAGGCAAGUAAUUUGCACUGAAUCAUAAACUCUACCAGGAAAGCUUUUUCUCCAAUUAUGCCAUACGCAUUAUAGAUGGAGAAUAUGUUUCCUAAACGUUUCUCUAUCUAUCAAAUCCAGAAAAUAGGACUAGAGUUGGGGAUUAUUAAGAUUUGAACAGCUUUAAAAAAAGGGGGGGGGGGGUGUGGUUUCAGGUUCACCGCUUCCAUUCCAAUCCGUGUGAAAGUAAAAAGUGAAACCCAAGUGGCUGAGGAUUGGAAGGUCGGUCACCAAUUCCCAGUCCCAAAUGAUGUCAAAGAGAUGGCGUGUGGGCAAAACAUUAACUUAACGCACUCCCAAUCCCAAAUGUUUUCCGGGCCAUGUUUAAACAAAUUGCACAGCAGAGGUAAUGAAAUGAGAAGUGAUUAAGUUUUCACACUUAAUGCAGCAUACACCAUAUAUAGUAGCUAAAAUUUUGUAGAUAAGCAAAGAAUUACAAGUUUAGAACUUAGAAGGGGAACAGACCAGUGAGGAAAU